AUGGAUUUCGUGCUACCACCACGCCAGCUAUUUUUCACCUCGCGCAGCUACCACUAUUCUUAUAUUCACAUCACAGGCGCCUCGAACCGUGGGACACUUCUCCUCAUCCAUGGCUUUCCCUCCCACAUCGAUGACUGGAUCCACCAGAUCCGCUAUUUUGAGUCUAGAGGCUACGGCCUUCUGGUGCCCGAUAUGCUAGGUUACGGUGAAAGUAGCGCCCCCGCUGAAGCGGACGCGUAUCGUCUGAAGCUCAUCAGCCAAGAUCUGGCAGAACUGCUUGAUCACGCCCAGCUAGAGCAGGUGGUAGGCGUAGGUCACGACUGGGGCGUCACCAUCCUCUCGCGUCUCGCUAUUUACCACCCCCGGCGCCUCAAAGCUCUGGCGCUCCUGGGAAUUGGCGCACCAAAGCCAGGCACAACUUUCGACCUGGAUGGCAUCAACAGCAUGGCCAAGGAAGCCACUGGAUCGGAGAUGUUGGGCUAUGUCACAUAUAUCAGUCGCGACCCAGAAUCUCAUCAGAUGAUGGAGGAGCACGCCGAGUCCGUUAUGGAGAUAAUGUUUGCAUCCGAUUCGCAGAGCUGGGGUCUUCACCUUCACCCAUCUGGUGGGUUCAAGUCAUUUGUGGAGGGAGGGUUUCGCCAACCCGUUGGCACGUGGUUCGUUGAAGAGCUUCGCAGGCGACAUUUGGAGGCUUUUCGUCGACCCAACGGAUAUCGAGGGCCAUCAUGCUAUUACAAGAUGCUGGACCUGAACCUAUCAGUAUCUGAUGAGGUAGAAUUUGCAAAUUUCAUAAUCGAGCAGCCGCAGAUGCUUUCUGUGUGGGCAUCAGACGUUGUCACACUUCGGGUAAAUUCAGGUCAUUGGAUUCACUUGGAACGAGGCGAUGAGACGAGCCAGGCUCUUGAGCGGUUACUUUGA